AUGUCAAUCUUUCUUGAUUUCGACGGCACCAUCACCGUCAAUGACACCAUAGGCGAGCUUGCCGCGGCCGCGCUGCGGAUCCAGUCUGAGCGCGGCAUCGACCUGGACCGGCAGUGGGAUGCCGUGGUGAAGGCGUACCUGGACGACUACAACCGGCACGCCAAGGGCUACCACGCGCAGGAGAGCGCGCGGUGCCGCCCCGAGCACGAGGUAGCGUUCCUGCGGGCCGGUAAGGCCGUGGAGCUGCGCUCACUCGACCGCAUUAACGCUUGCGCCGUGUUCAAGGGCAUAUCAGCGGACGAGCUCCGGCGCGCGGGCCGGGAGGCCGUGGCAUCCGGGAGAGUCAGGCUGCGGCCGGGCUUUCGGGCGUUCCUGGACCGCCGGCUCCGCGAGUCCUUCCGCGUCUUCGUCAUCUCGGUCAACUGGUCGACGGCCUUCAUCGAGGGCGCGCUCGACCACCCGGGCGUCCGGGUCAUCGCGAACCACGUCCGCGAGGACGGGACGGUCGUCGGGCCCGAGCUCCUCAACGGCGGCGCCGACGCUCCGCUGAGGAACCUCACCAACUCGUGCGACAAGCUGGACGUCAUGCGGGCUGUCAUGGAAGAGGACCCGCGGGGGCCCGGCCUCUGUUCCUACUACUUUGGCGACUCCAUCACCGACCUCGAGUGCCUGCUUCAUGCCACCAGCGGUAUCGUCGUCUCGGAUACGGGGGACUCAAAGCUGCUAGAGACCUUGAGGCGGAUCGGCGAAGACGUGCCGCGCUCCAGUGAGGUAUCCGCUGAGACUUCGGCAUCUGCUGCAACGCCGAACAAGUGUGCUUGGGCUGCUGAUUACGAUGAAGUCACGGAGCAUAUCUUGUUUAGGUUCAAGCACGACAAGGCAUGA